GGCGGCGGCGGCGGCGUUGGCCGAGAGGCGGCCUCGUCCGCGCCGUCCGCUGGGAUGUCCCUCUCCGCUUGGUGCUUUUUCCUCUGCUGGGCUCCAGCCUUGGCUUUAAGGAACUUGAACUACUCGGUGCCGGAGGAGCAAGGCGCCGGCACGGUGAUCGGUAACAUCGGCCGCGAUGCCCGGCUGCAGUCCGGGUCGAGCGGCGGAUCGCCUUCGCUGGAGCGGCCCCGCGGCUCGAAGGCCACCUUCCGCGUGCUGGAGAACUCGGCUCCCCACCUGCUCGACGUGGACGGAGAGAGCGGAUUGCUUUACACCAAGCAGCGCCUGGACCGGGAGGCGCUUUGCCGCCGGAGCGCCAAGUGCCAGCUUUCCCUCGAGGUCUUCGCCAACGACCAGGAGAUCUGCAUGAUCAAAGUGGAGAUCCAGGAUCUCAACGACAACGCGCCCGCUUUCCCCUCCGACCAAGUCGACUUGGACAUCUCCGAGAACGCCGCGCCGGGGACCCGCUUCCCGCUGGCUAGCGCGCACGAUCCCGACGCGGGCGAGAACGGCCUGCGCACUUACCUGCUCACUCGCGACGAUUACGGCCUCUUCGCCCUGGACGUCAAAGCCCGAGGCGACGGCACCAAAUUCCCCGAACUGGUGGUUCAGAAGCCGUUGGAUCGCGAGGAGCAGAGCCACCACACCUUGGUGCUGACGGCCCUGGACGGCGGGGAGCCGCCUCGCUCCGGCACGGUCCAGCUCAACGUACGCUUGAUCGACUCGAAUGACAACAGCCCAGUCUUCGAGGCGGCUUCUUACGUGGUGGAGCUGCCUGAGAACGUCCCUCUGGGCACGGUUCUCCUGGAUCUCAACGCCACCGAUGCUGACGAAGGCACCAACGGCCAGGUGCUCUACUCCUUCAGCGGUUACACGCCCGACCGGGUGCGGGAGCUGUUCAGUAUCGAUCCUCAGACCGGAUUGAUCCGGGUCAAAGGCAAUCUGGACUACGAGGAAGGCAACUUGGUGGAGAUUGAUGUCCAAGCCCGAGACUUGGGUCCCAACCCCAUCCCUGCCCAUUGCAAGGUCACAGUGCAUUUACUGGACCGGAAUGACAAUGCUCCCACCAUUGGCUUUGUCUCCGUGCGCCAGGGGGCCCUGAGCGAGGCGGCCCCGCCGGGCACCGUCAUUGCCCUGGUCAGGGUCACAGACCGAGACUCUGGCAAGAACGGGCAGCUGCAGUGCCGGGUGCAAGGCAGCGAUGGCAGUGGGGGAGAAGGGGCAGUGCCCUUUACUUUAGAGGAGAACUAUGACAAUCUGUACACGGUGGUGACUGACAGGCCCCUGGACAGGGAAGUGCAGGACGAGUACAAUGUCACCAUCUUGGCUCGGGAUGGGGGCAACCCACCUCUCAACUCAACCAAGUCUUUCUCGGUCAGGAUCUUAGAUGAGAAUGACAACCCUCCACGUUUUAGCAAGAGCCUUUAUGUGUUGCAAGUGCCUGAGAACAACAUCCCGGGAGAGUAUCUGGGAUCCGUGUUGGCCAAGGACCCCGAUCUGGGCCAAAAUGGCACCGUCUCCUACUCCAUUCUCCCGGGACACGUGGGGGAUGUCUCUAUUUACACCUAUGUCUCUGUCAACCCAACCAACGGGGCCAUCUACGCUUUGCGCAGCUUCAAUUACGAGCAGACCAAACAUUUUGAGUUCCACGUGUUGGCCAAAGACUCGGGCUCUCCCCAUCGGGAGAGCAACGCCACCGUCCGGGUCACUGUUUUGGAUGUCAACGACAACGCCCCUCUGAUUGUCUUGCCGGCCCUGAUCAAUGACACUGCUGAACUUCAGGUCCCCCGCAAUGCUGGAGUCGGCUACCCGGUGGGCACCGUCCGGGCCAUGGAUAACGAUUUCGGCGAAAGCGGACGCCUGACCUAUGAGAUUGUGGAAGGCAAUGAGGAGCACCUCUUUGAGAUGGACCCUACGAGUGGGGAGAUCCGCACCCUUCACCCUUACUGGGAAGAGUUGAGUCCUGUGGCUGAACUGGUGGUGAAGGUCAGUGACCAUGGAAAGCCCAGCCUCUCAGCAGUAGCUAAGCUGAUUGUCCGGGCUUUGGCUGGGCCUUUGCCUGAAGCAGGAGAGCCCCAGGUCAAUGGGGAGCAACACCGUCGGCCUCACUGGGACCUCUCGCUGCCCUUGAUUGUCACCCUGAGCACUGUUUCCAUCAUCCUUCUGGCUGCCAUGAUCACCAUUGCCGUGAAGUGUAAACGCGAGAACAAGGACAUCCGUACCUACAACUGUCGCAUUGCUGAGUACAGCCACCCUCAGCUGGGUGGAGGGGGAGGGGGAGGGGGAGGGGGAGGGGGCAGCGGAGGGGGCAAGGGCAAGAAGAAGAAGAUUAGCAAGAACGACAUCAUGCUGGUGCCCAGCGAAGGGGAGGACAGCCGAGGGCCCCUCAACGUUAUGAACGUGGUCAGCAGCCCAUCCUUGGCCACUUCGCCCAUCUAUUUUGACUACCAGACUCGCCUGCCCCUUAGCUCGCCCAGGUCGGAGGUGAUGUUCCUGAAACCGGCUUCCAACAACCUGAGCGUGCCCCAAGGCCAUGUGGGAUGUCACACCAGCUUCACAGGACAAGGGACUAACGUCAGCGAGGUUCCCCCGAGCCGGAUGUCCAUAAUUCAGACAGACAAUUUUCCUGCAGAGUCCAAUUACAUGGGUAGCAGGCAACAGUUUGUUCAAAGUAGCUCCACGUUCAAGGAUCCCGAACGAGCCAGUUUGAGAGACAGUGGGCACGGGGAUAGUGACCAAGCAGACAGUGACCAAGAUACCAACAAAGGCUCGUGUUGUGACAUGUCGGUGAGGGAGGCACUCAAGAUGAAAACAACUUCAACCAAAAGCCAGCCGCUUGAACAAGAACAGCAAGGGAGAGGCCAAAGACCCAUUGUUGGGAUCUGUGGACCGGCCCGCUGUAAGGAAGGAAAAUUUUCAGAACAAGAGGAGUGCAUUAACUGCACCGAUGAAUGCCGAGUGCUUGGUCAUUCUGACAGGUGUUGGAUGCCCCAGUUCCCUGCCUCCAACCAAGCAGACAACGCCGACUACCGAACAAAUCUCUUUGUGCCCACGGUGGAAGCCAAUGUCGAGACUGAGACUUACGAAACUGUGAACCCCACAGGGAAGAAGACUUUUUGUACAUUUGGGAAGGACAAGCGAGAGCACACCAUUCUCAUUGCCAAUGUGAAACCUUAUCUCAAAGCCAAACGUGCCCUGAGCCCUCUUCUCCAGGAGGUCCCCUCAGCAUCCAGCAGCCCAACCAAGACCUGCAUUGAGCCUUGCGCUUCAACGAAAGGACCUCUGGAUGGCUGCGAAGUCAAGACAGGGGCCUUGGCUGAAGCCAACAGCCAGUACCUGUCCCCUAGUAAACAAUCUAGAGACGCUGCCUUCAUGGCAUCCGAUCAGAUGGCCAGGGUCUUCGCCGAGGUGCAUUCCCGAGUCAGCCGAGACUCCGCUGAUAUGGACUCUGUCUUGGAGCAGAUAGACCGUUCAAACAGGGAACUAGGGAGAGAGUCCGUCGAUGCAGAGGAAGUUGUACGGGAGAUCGACAAGCUUUUACAGGACUGUCGGGCAAACGACCCCGUGGCUGUGAGAAAGUGAAGCAAAACAGAAACAAACAAACACACACACACACACACACACAAACAAACAAACAAAAAAGACAGUCUGGCAUUGAUUUGCUUCUUCUGCUGAAUUAUAUAUUAAAAAAAGAAAAAAAAGAAAAAAAUUCUCCCCUGGUUCUAAAAUAUAUACAGGGAUGAACAAAGACCAAUGCUGCUUUAAGGCUUUUAGUGAACAUCUGAAGUGCCCUCCAGUAUGUUUGUUUCACUGCUCUUUCUUUUUUCUUUUCUUUUCUUUUUUUCAGAUAACACUGGUUUUGUUUUUACCAAACUUCCAUUAGAAACAAUAUGGUGUAUGUUUUUUUUUAAAAAAAAAAUAAAGAAAAAGAAAAAUAGGAAGGAAGGAAGGAAGGAAGGAAGGAAGGAAGGAAGGAAGGAAGGAAGGAAGGAAGGAAGAAAGAAAGAAAGAAAGAAAGAAAGAAAGAAAGAAAGAAAGAAAGAAAGAAAGAAAGAAAGAAAGAAAGAUAGAUUGAGGCCACUUUGACAAUCGAAGAGAAAGGAGUAAAAUAAAUGGAAACAGAUCUUCUAGGACCGAUAGUUAAUGUUGACUUCACUGUUUACCUGUAGACCCCAUAAAAACCAGGGUGGAAUAGUUGUGUGAUAUGUUUACAAGAGUCAUUAGAGGUUUCUAUGGAAAAUCCCCAGUCAGAAAUCCAACAAACAUACAGAUAAAUGUUCUUGUAGUAAGGCAACCAAGUACACGAAGCAUUAACGUUCAUUUGUGAUAGGCAUUUCUGUAUAAAGGCAUCUGCCACAUCCUUAAAAAAAGAAAGAAAGAAAGAAAGAAAUGAAAAGGAAAAAAAAAUAUGGAACCCCCCCCCCCUCCAAAUCCAUUCCAUAACUUCAUUCAGAAAAAACUAUCCUGGUCAUUAGUAACACGGCUCAUGUCAUAUUAAAGUUAAAUGUAAACGGAUCGAAUCCAUGUUUGUCCUGCACAUGCAUAAGUGAAUUAACAUGAUCAGAAAAGAAAGGGAAGGAAUUAGUGUCUAGGAAGAAUUGAGGUAACUAUGUUUUAUAUCUGAGACACAAUACAAGAUGGCCGCUUUAAUUGCCGUUACGCGGGAAAUAAUAGCGGAAGCGAAUUAACAUUAUUAAUACCUUUUGUAAUUCAUUUAUGGACACUACCAUAGCUCAAGUGCAGGCAUUCCAAACCUUCGCCCAAACCAUUUAAAUGUGCAAAUGUAAGAAGAUUCAAUGUGUUUACAUCAAAUGACAUAUUUUUUUCUUGAUUUAUUGCAGAUUCAGUGCAUUUGAGCCAAAUUGUUGAGUGUAUAAGAGCUAUAUUGUGUAUUUUAUUAAAUUAAUAUAUAGUUGUGUUGCAAAAAAAAAAAAAAAUAUUUGGGCUUAUACUGUAAACGGCAAGUGUUGCCUCCGUAGCUGUCAAACUCUAUGAGUUUUGUUCUCUCCUCCCUUUUUUUCCCACCCCCUUUUCCAUACAGAGUGUGGGAAGCAGAGCCUCAGAGCAAAUUCUCUUGUUAAAUGUAUGGUCUCCCGAGUUUUACAGUACAUAAUCUGUUCAAAAAUGUGUCUUGAGUGAGUUGAUGGAGCUAACUGAACGGCAGACGAAUCCAUCCAUCCAUCAUGGUUGUG